GCGUCCCUGCCCGGCUCUCCGGGAGGGAAGCGGGGCUCCGGGGCGGCGGGGGGAGCGCUCCGCCUUGCCCCGAGCCCGCGGGCACAAUGCCGGGGCACCGGGCCCAUCUCACCCCGCGCCGGCAGACGGCAGCCCCCGGGCGGGCGGCAGGCGCCGCGCUAGCAUCCUUCCCCCUUCUCCUUUCGCCCUUUUAUUUCUCCGCUUCGUUGUUUUUUCGCUCUGCUGAGGCCGGUUAACCUCUUUCCUCGGGCGUGCGGAGGAGCCUCCUCUCAGCUCAAACUUGUCUGGAACAACUCAGUCCCACGGAGAGUUCUGUAAAGUUCCGGGAAGUGCGGAAAAAAUACAGGAUAUCUUAUUGGCUUCGGAUUGCUUUUUUUUUUUUUUUAGAUGGUGUAAUUCUGCCAGAAAAUGAGUAUUUUCUAGGUGGUUAGUUUUUUGUUAUCGCCUGCUUGAUGUAUCUGCAGUUCCAAUCUCGACGACGCUUAAAGCUUAAGCUAUGGAGGAGGACAUUCAUCGCAUUCAGAAACAGAUCUUCUUCACAGACAGACAUACACAGCUUCUCAUCAGCUUUCUGGAUACUCUACUACACACCAUCCUACUGGUCUUUCAGGAAUAUUUGAUACCUGUAUGCACAGUGCUGGAAGCAACACUAAGGAAACUUCUUCAGUUAUGAAUUUUCUCUCUGCUAUUGAGUCUCGUACCGCUCAGACGGUCUCUUCAGGAUCUACCCUUUUACCACAAUUCAGGGCUCCUUCUUGGCAGACAGGUAUGCAUUCCUCAACAGCCACAGAACUGUUUGUUACUGGAGCUUUGCCAACCUCUGGAACAUUUCCACCAACAUCUGCUUUAUCAGCAUAUCAGCAUCCCAACACUUUCAGCAGUAGAAACUUUGCUACUACCCCUUCUCUUACUCUUCAAGAUACUACUUUCAGUGCUACAUCAAAUGGUCUCUUAAGUACCCAUGAUCCUUUAUUACAGAUUAAAACAUCACAAAGCACUGUUCCAACUGCUUUGACAUUUGAGCGCCUAGGCAGUUCUGUUUUAAGUACCAGCAUACCACCCCAGUCAUCAACGUAUCGUUCUGCUCAAGAAUCUGCACCCCAUCUUUUGCAACCUCAGUUUAGUUUGUUGCCUUCAACCCUUGGAGGAGCUCAGCAGGUUUCUCAGGCGUAUAGCACACCUGUCUUUACUGGUUCUACCGCUUCUAUCGAUAGAGCACUUCAGCGAGAAUGUAGUGUUAUUAAACACCAUCAGCGGCCUUCAAGUACUCAGUCUGUUCAGGCUCAACUGACUGUUUCACAGCAUUCCUUACACAGCUAUUUAACGAGUACAAGUGGAGUUAAUUUUCAGGAUACAUCUAGGCACUCAGCAUUAUCCUGCAGCCCAGUUGGAGAUGUUACUCAGGUGAGCAAUGGAGGACCACAGCAGAAGACUUCCCAAGUCACAGUGGAACUUGCUCAGUCAUACACGUCUGCAAUUCCGUCACCUGGUUUUCCAUCUGCUUCUACAGCAAAAGUGAAAAACUGUUCUGUGAAACAGCCUCCACGGUCAACGAAGACCCCCAAACCUCAAAGUGUAGCUCCCACUGUGCAGACACAAAGCUAUGCCAAAACUGCACAAAACCAGAGUUCAGUCAUUACAGGCCAAGCACAGAUCUAUUCCACAGCACAGCUCCCAAGCCUCUUGUCGGUCAGCCAGUCCCAAAACUAUAUUUCAUCCCAGGCUCAGAAUGUGCCACCUGUCAGUCACUCACAGGAUUUCUCAUCCAGCAAGGUUGAGAAGCUGCCCUCACUGUAUAAAACGUUGACUUUUUCUGGGCAAUCGCAAACUAUUACUUCUGAUAGUCAAACUCUAAGUUAUUCCUCGGAGGAACAGGUAUUGACUUCAGUUCCAAAUGAGAACUACUCUGGGCAAACGAGGGAACAUUCUUCAGUCAGCCAAUCUCAGAGCUAUUCUUCUAGUCACUCUCAGGGUUUAUCUCCAGUUAGCCAAUCCCAAGUUAGUUUUUCAUCUCAAUCACAAGUUUUAUCAGCUGUUAGUCCUUCCGAAAGCUAUUCUUCAGGGCAGUCUUUAACAUUAACAUCGCCUUCUCUUUCCUUUAAUGCCUCUCCCCGGAUUCAAACUCUUCCAGCCUCGAGUCCUAAUCAGAGCUACAUUUCUUUACAUUCUUCGCAGAAUUCUCAGUCACAAGAAUCCUCCUCUCCGCAGUCUCAAAAGUUUUUGCCAUCUGUCCAGUCUCCUCCAUUUGCAUCCCCAGCUCAUUCACAGACACUGCAGAACAACAGGCCUUCCUCAGAAACGAAGUCAUAUGUUAAAAGGAAGUCUGACUCUAAUUUGUAUGCCUCAUCAAAACAGGAGGAAGAAUUAUCAAUGCAGGAUAUGCAGUCAUUGCAGCAACAAGCUACUCUUGAAUCUUCCACUCAGAGGCUAACCGAUGAGGAGAUCAACGCUCAGGAUGCAUCCUAUAGGGCCUCAAAAGCAGAUGACAGAUACUCUCAAAGUGUCAUCAGAAGUAACUCUCGUCUUGAAGAUCAAGUUGUUGGACUUACUCUUCAAGGAACAAAAAAAGAUGAAAGAAUGGUCAGUUCUGUGGAACAGCUUUCCCAGCAUAUUGGCCUUAUCACUAGCCUAAGCCAUGAUAUAAAAAAGACAGCUAAUUUAAUGCAAACCACACAAGUAACUGUGAGUGCUAAAGAACUAAACCAGCAACAUCCUCUUAUGCAUAAGGUACAUGAAAGUAAAGCUCAAGAACAGCAAGGCCAAGUCAUUAGUACACCAUCACAGGUUCAACCGCAUGCUUUAAGACACAGUCAUCAGCUGUGUUUGCCCAGUGCACAGGUACUUCUGGAGUCAGCCUGUGACUUGCAGAUUCUUCAUCAGUCGAUACUGCAGUCGGGUUUAGGACAGGCAAAGGCAUCACCGCAAGUGCAGAGAAUACAGAGUCCUCAACAGGUGACGCAUCCAUUCCUUCAGAUAGAUGGUCAUAUUAUUCAAAGUAAUGGGGGCCAUUCUCAGCAACAGCUUCAUACUCAGAAUUCAGAAGUAAUGAAAAUGGACAUUUCUGAGCCCUCAAAACCACUACAGCAACACUUGACAACAAAAGAUCAUUUUACUCAGACAAAUCAACAUGAUUCAAAAAAUCAGUUUGUUUCUCUUAGUUCAAUAUGUUUCCCAGAAUCUAUACUUCUCAGCGAUGAGAGGAAUAUAUUAUCCAACGUAGAUGACAUCUUAGCAGCAGCAGCCUGUGGAGUGACACCAUCUGACUUUGCCAAGUCAGCUUCUAACGAAGAGGAAAUCCAGUCUGUUGAAAACAGUGAGGAGUCUAAAACACAGUUCCGAUCAAUGGAUGUAAGACACGUGUCUUCUGGUUUCAGUGCCUCACCUACUGUAGUUGGAAAGCCAGCGAGCAUAAGUAAUAUUUCUCUGAACGGAGGCCAAAUUACUAUAAAUCUUACACCAGUGUCAACAAUCCAGACAAAAACUGUGAACCUUGAUCAACAACACAUUGAAACACCCGAUCAAAACGUAGCAACGAGAAUAACCUCUCCCACCCUUGGCCUUGGUCAAGAGGAGAAAGAACAAGGGUCUGUUCCAGUUAAGAAACAAUCUAGCAUCAGUCAUGAAUCUGAAGAAGAUAAUGAUGCUUCUGCUGAUGGUACACUGAAUGCGAGAGACACAGAAUUUGUUUCAAGCGGUAAGAGUUUAAGUGAAGAAAGUGCUGCUUCAGAGAAUGAUUUUAAUAUGGGUGGUGAUGAUGGUACAGUAGCAGGUAACCAAUCAAAGGGUCCAUUGCAGCCACUGUCUGUGCCCCAAAGUGGAGAUGGAACCAUUAGUAGAACUGAAGAAGAAUGCCACGAUUUAACUCAAGGGAACCCGCAGAAGAAAAAAAGCAAAGGAAAAAGCCAAAACAAAAAUGCUACAGAAGAUGACAGUGCAAUUCAGAAACAAGUUAAAAGAAGUGGACAGUGUAAACGACAAAAUUCAAGAGGAAACGACUCAUGCUUGACAUACUCGUCUCCUGUUUCUGAAAGUUGUUAUGAUACUUACCAGCAUCAGGAAAGAAUGAGGCAAAAAAUUAAAGAAGUUGAAGAAAAACAGCCUGAAGUCAAAACGGGAUUUAUCGCAUCUUUUUUAGACUUUCUAAAGUCUGGGCCUAGGCAACAGUUUUCAGCUCCAGCUGUACGAAUGCCAAACAGGACUAGGCGGCCGGUUACCCAAAUAGUUCGUGCCCCUUGCCUGCAGUCCUCUGCAAAGCCUCAGCCAGCAGCAGCAGCACCUGUUGCUGCUGAGGUUAGCGGAGAAAGUCCAACCAAAAAAGUUGAUGAAGAACUUAAGAAAAAUUUAGAAACGUUGCCUUCAUUUUCUUCUGAUGAAGAUGAUUCUGUGGGGGGUAACCAUGAUCUUCAGAAGAGCAUCUCCACUGCAUUGUCCGCCCUGGAUGAUACAUCUGACAGAAAGAAUAAAUCAGAAGCUGAAAAAAUGACAGUUGUUACUGCUGCUGCCGCCGCCACUACUGCUGUAAUAAAGCAGGAAUCUCCACAGACAACUGCUCCUGUGGUCAACGUGCAGGAGAAAAUGAAUCCAGCUGAUGCCUUAAAAGUAGCUCAACAGGAUGCUGUGACUUCAGACCAGUUGGCAAAGAUACAGGCAACUGUUGCAAUAGAAGGAUGUACCGACGAGGAGAAUAUGGACAGCGGAGGAGAGGGCAUGUACAGAGAACGUGAUGAAUUUGUAGUGAAGAUUGAAGAUAUAGAGACACUAAAGGUUGCUUUGCAAACAGGAAAAGAGCCUCCAGCCAUUUGGAAAGUACAGAAGGCUUUAUUGCAAAAGUUUGUUCCUGAAGUGCGAGAUGGACAGAGAGAGUUUGCUGCUACUAAUAGUUAUCUUGGGUAUUUUGGGGAUGCAAAAACAAAAUACAAACGAGUGUAUGUGAAGUUCAUUGAAAAUGCAAACAAAAAGGAAUAUGUCAGAGUAUGUUCAAAAAAACCACGAAGCAAGCCUGUACAGUCAGCAAGGACUAUUCAUUGCAAACCUAGUAGUAGCAACAACAAAACCCCUGAUCCACCAACACCAAAACCAACAGCAACAAAAGUCUCUUCUGUGAAACCCAAAGCGAAACAGCCGAAGGUAAAGGCUGAACCACCACCAAAGAAAAGGAAAAAGUGGAAAGAAGAGUUUUCAUCUUCCCAGUCUGAUUCUUCACCUGAGGCCCAGAGUGAUGAGGAUGAGCUUGUACCUCCAGCUCCCCUUGUUACUCGCUUUUUGAAUACAAGAGCUAUGAAAGAGACUUUUAAGAGCUACAUGGAGUUGCUUGUUAGCAUUGCCUUGGAUCCAGACACAAUGCAAGCCUUGGAAAAGAGCAAUGAUGAGCUACUUUUGCCUCACAUGAGAAAAAUUGAUGGUAUGCUGAAUGACAAUAGGAAAAGGCUGCUUUCCAAAUUACGCUUGGAUCAUACUUUCAAGAACGCUUUGGAAAACUUUCCUGAACUGACAGUGAUCACUCGAGAUUCUAAGACAAAAAGUGGAGGAACGUCUGUGUCUAAGAUCAAAAUGAAUGGUAAAGCUUACAACAAGAAAACACUGAGGGCCUCUAAAUCAACCACUAAAUUAGCACAGGAGUUUACGGUAGAUCCAGAAAAAAUACAGUUGUAUUCUUUGUAUCACUCACUCCAUCAUUACAAAUAUCACAUAUAUCUAACAUGUAAAGAAGAGAUUUCUUCUGUUCAGAAGAAGAGCACAGAUCUAGGACAGGAAGAGAUUGUGCAGCUGUGCAUGAAAAAUAUAAAAUGGGUGGAGGAUCUUUUUGAAAAGUUUGGCGAACUCUUGAAUCGUGUCCAGCAGAAAUGCUCAUAACAAAAAUGUAUCCCAAAUCUUACAUUUUUCUACGGCACUAACCUGGUGGAACAGAAGGCUCAGAGAGAGGCUCUGAUUUCUUUUACAAUGCCAGACUGCGUUCUUGUUCGUAGCCAUUUUUAUUUCUCUUUAUGGAACUUUGUGCCUUGGCUCUUGCUAAGGAAAAGUGAUGCUGCCAAGGAGAUCAGUCCUUUGGAGAUGGAACUAAAUGUAAACCUAACCACAUUUUUAACCUGAAGAGUUAUUUUCUAUUUUGUAAACUAUUGGAUAACUUAGCUUUAUUUUCAGAAAUGUUUUUGACAAGUGAUAAAGCAUGCACUACAUAUACUUUUUUCUUUAUUGCUAAAAAGAUAGCAACACUUAAAAUACUACAGAUUUUUCCAUCCCUGACUAAGCAACAGAAAAGUCAGUGUUGGGGUGAACUAAUUUUUACAUGUCUGGCCACCAAAUUUAGAGUUUGUACAUUUUGUGAACAGAGCCGGAGUGACAUCAGCUUCUGCAUACGUAUAUUGCCAUCAUAAAAUCCAGAAAUGUCAUUAUGCUUUAUGGACUCCUUUUACUAUUGUCAUGUUCAGGAGACUGAACAUGGAGUUGGUGCAAUCCUAUGACUGCUUUUUGUGUCAAAUUAUAUUGUAAUGAAAGACAAUGACCUUAACUAUUUUCCCUGUUUUGAAGAAAAAGAAUAUUUUCCUUUAUACUGUGUUUUUUUUUUUCUUUUGGAAAAAAAAAUUCAAUUGUACAUUUUAUCUCACUAAUAGUUGUAUUUUUCACAGAGAAAAUAUUGUGGUUAAAAUUGUUUCAUGUAUCUUUGUAAUACACUUUCCAUUGUUUUCAGUAAAUCCUAUUCAUUUAUAUGUUGAUUUCAUAUUGUAAACUAUGUAUCUCGAGGUAACCCUUUUGUUUAUACAGGUUUGCUUCAGUGUUAACCAGAAUAAUGCAUACUAGACUAGUUUUGCUUUAAGUGUAGUUGUGUUAGACACUGCAAUUAUUUUCUGAUACGUGAAAAUAAAUUUCUUACUAAACUAGCACUUGAUUAACUGAGAGUUUAAAUGAAGAGCUACUACACUUUAUCUUCGUCAACAAAGAUUGAUGAUUGAAUAGACUAUAUGCAGUGUUAAACACAGCUUACAUAUUUGUUUGUAGAACUGGCAGUUGCAGAGCUGUUCUCUUUUUGGUGCCUUUCAAGUCUUCAGACAUCUUUGUAGCUUUUUUCCCCCUCCAGUUUAUUAACAGUUAGUAGUGCCACUAGUCACACUCAGACAAUGAAUGUAAUGGGCUCUAAUCAGGAGAGCAUUUUCUUUAAAUUUGCCAACAGAAUGCCUUACUGAGUCUUUCAGAAUGGAUAUGUACUCUACUGGCGUCCUAAAAAAAUAGUCAUGUUGGUCUUCUUUCAGAUAAUGCAGAAAAAAAAAUUCAUUCCUUUAUCCUUUCACUGCCACUGAGUGCCUUAAUUUCAGCCAAGAAAGCAGGGUUCACUAUUCAUUGGCCAAAUGAAAUAAUGUUCAUUGCCAUGUGACCUUUUUUUCCCCCGUUACCUGUUUUGAUCCUAUUUAGUUGUUAAAUAUUCAUUAGACCUUAGAACUAUAAAGAGUUUAAUGAAUAGACGUGAAAAUGAAAUGAUUUGAUCUUGACUAAUCAAAUAGAUGUUUGAAUAUUAAAGUAUGUACAGAAUUUUAGCUGAUUAGUUUUAGAACCUUGUAGGAUGUUUACCAUAUUUCCAAAGCUUUUCAUCUUUUAAAAGCAAUAAUUCUCCUUUACAGUUUGUAUGCAGACUACAGCGAACAGAAAGGGGUACGUGCCCGUGCCUUUUUUAAAGCCUCUUCAUAGUAGUUUUGCUUUAAAAAGGGAGGUAACUCUCAUGUCAAUAGAUGCAUUGUGCUACCGCCAUGUUUACUAUAAUCAAGGAGAGGAGAUGGGUUUUGGCUUAGGAAGAAUGUGCAGAUUGUUGGAGCAAUCAUCAAGCUAAUUAAUUUUCAGAGUGAAAGGAAGGGUAGGCGCAGGGUUGAAGAGUUGCUAUUGUUUCAGUCCUACUGUGUUGAAUCUGGUAGGAGCUAGAGUUUAUAUGGUGAAACCAAACGAAGUUACCAACGUCGGUAGCAAUCGGUGGAGAUUAUUUUAAUGUAAAUAUGCACACUGGAGAUACAAGUAGAAAUGUGCCUGGUAUACUCUUUAAUUGAUAGUGGGGGUUCCCAAAUUUACUUAAUGUAUUCCUUUAUUGGUGGGGGUGGUUGGCAGUGUGUGUAGAUUCAUGAGGGGUGUUUACAUGCCCGCAUUGCAGAGUUCUGUUGUUGCGUUACAGUGAUAUGCACAGCACAGUUUGGGAAUUCCUAAUCUGUACUUUUAAAAAUGAUUAGGAUGCAGACUGAAGGAACAAUAAAGUUGGCUCCCUGGUGGUAUAGCGAAGAACUUGUCGGACUUUGUGUCUCUCACAUACCUUCCUAAUAUGACUAUGAAGCAACUAAUUGAGAGAGGUCUCUGUGCUUUCUAAAUUAUUUCUGUACUGCUACUGUAUACUUACUCUGGAUUUUUGAGUCUAGAAGUAGCUUUGGGAAGCUACUUGGUUUAAUCCGAGUCCUUAGAAGCUGAAAAAAGAAAUGAGAGGCUUUUGGAGUAGCUUGUCCAUAUUUAAAAUGAGGUAAUGUUAGUGUUAGCAACAACCACUUAAAAAAAAUCCAAACAACAGACAACUGGCCAGGAUGCUCUGCACUGCCAUAGAAGGUGACCUGGCUUAUUUUUGGCUGGUUUAUUUCCAAGGCCAGUUAAAGAAGCACUGUGCCUGUAGAAGACAGGAAAAAACUGUCUUGAAUAAAAAUAACUACCCCAGACUAUUAAAGAUGAAUAUAAUGGAGCUUCCAUCUUUGUCUUGGGCUGCAAAAAUGGUGGCUGGAUUACUGAUUUACCAAAUUAGAAUAAGUAAAACAUGGAACUCUCAAGUGUGUUGAAGGAUCAUAAAUCAAAAUAAAGCUUUGUUAGUGGGAUUGAAGAGAUUUUUUAUACUGAAGCAAACUUAGAAAAAAGAAAAUGUACAAAUUACUUUUUUGCACAAAUACUUUGCUUUGUUUUGUUGCAUUUUAGAUAAUUAAUUCUGCACCCACACCUCAAUCUUUUUUUCUUUUUUUUUUUCCCUUGAAGUAACAGUGAGGUCUUCAUCCCUUACCAUUCUGACAGUGGAAAUUGAGCACUCAUUUGACUGCGAGAGAAGAUGCACUAGGAAGGAGCAAAACCCUCCUUAGACUAUGAAUUAGUGAAACAGAAAUUAAAAGAAUUGCAUGAUGAAUUAUUUGGGUUUUUAAUUCCACUAUUUUUUUCCUUCUGUAUGGCAUCCCCAUUUACAUUAGGCUUGUUUUUAUUGAAAUACAGUAUUUCUCUUAAAGGCAGGUUUUCUUUGAGAUGCUACUUUCCAAAGUUUUGCUAGCAAAAAAUCAGAGACAAAAUUGGAUUGAAAAACUGUUUCUGCAAAUGGCUAAUGACUUUAGGGUCUUUGAAGUUCUGUGACGCGUAUUGUAUUCAUAUAUUGUCAAAAUGAUAUGCUACUUUUUAAAAAGUCAAAUCUUACAGGCUGUCUUCCAAGUAAAUGAUUUCCAUAGGGAAAUAUAUUUUAAAUAUUAUUUAAAUAUUUACUACUAUUUAAAACAAUUUUAAAACAGAAAAGCUAAAACUAUGGUCACAAAAUGUCAGUGUGUCAUCAACCGUUUCUGAUUUUGUUGCCAACACUUGACAUUUGGUCUCCCUUACCCUGUUACAUAUCUGUGCAUUACACAAUGCACGUUCUGCCAUAUCUUAUUGUUUAAGCUAAUAUUAACAUGUCAUUGUUAACAAAUGCAUGUUUUUCUGCGGAACUCCUCUACAUAUGGCAAAAUGAAGCUAGGGCUAAUUAAGAGACACUUUAUGCAUUCUUAGUCCGGAUUUUCAGGUGGUCCGUAAAUACAAUGUAUGGAAAUGUGAAAAAGGACGGUUUUGUACCAUUCAUGAUGUUAUUAACUAAACCCAUUAA